CCUGCCUCUCUAGGCCUCUCUAUCUUCCUGACACGGUGGUUUCGGGAAGGCUCAAGUUGGUGGCAUUGGAGGAGCGAAUGGCGGGCAGAAAUGUUGCGGCCUCCGAGCGCAGGGCUGCCUCUGACCUGAGCUGAGGGGAACCUUAAGCGACAAGGCGGAUGCAUCUGUUCCUUAUCCUCAGGCAACGACAGUCGCGAGCCGGGAAGCGAAGGACAAGGUUAGUCGUCCCUGCUGGCUGUGGGAAUUGAACAGGCAAGGCUUUCUGUGCUUUCAGAGUUGCUUGGCAGGCGGGAAUCCAACAGAUACAGCUUCCUGUCUCCUCUCCCCGCAUCUUAGUGCAAGAAAAGCAUGGACCUGUUGAGUUUCUGUCCGCAACAGAAAAAGACCUGUUGAGUUUCUGUCCGCAACAGAAAGAGACCUAUCAGAAAGGGGUGACCGCCCAGCUGAGUGGUCGAUCACCUGGAGGAAAAGGGGUUCGUGUCUAAGACGAAGAGAGGCAUUUCAACCCAGCAGUAUGGGCAUCCAAGGAUUAACGAGCUAUAUUGGAGAACACAAUGAGUUCUUCACCGAUCUGCAGUUGAGAAAUACUGAUGUAGUAAUUGAUGGAAACAACCUGUACCAUCGUCUUUAUUUUGACUCAAAUCUGGACAUGCGGCAUGGUGGAGAUUAUGAUUCUUUCACCAAUAUUGUACAUAAGUUCUUUGAAACAUUAGCUGCAUGCAACAUACAGCCCUAUGUUGUACUGGAUGGAGGAUGUGAUGCAUCGGACAAAAAGCUUACAACAUUAAAGGAGAGAGCUCGGGAGAAGAUCCAGGCAGCUUAUUCUCUCUCCUGUGGUGGUGGUGGAAACGUGUUGCCUUUGCUCAUUAGAGAGGUCUUUAAGCAGAUCUUGGUGAAAUUACAAGUGCCUUUUGUUCAGUCUUUUUCUGAGGCAGACAGGGAAAUUGUAUCAUUGGCCAAUCAUUUGAGCUGCCCAGUGCUAACAUUAGAUAGUGACUUUUGCAUUUUUGACCUCAAAGCUGGCUACUGUCCUCUGAAUUACUUCCAGUGGCACAACCUUUGCAAAUGUAAAGACUCACAAGAUUGCUACAUCCCAGCAAAGCGCUUCUCCUUAGAAAGAUUUUGUAACCAUUUUAACAACAUGAACAAAAGCCUCUUGCCUCUUUUUGCAGUGAUGAAUGGCAAUGAUUACAUUAAUCUGCUGGCUAUAGAAAUGUUCUUUAGCAAGGUGCACCUUCCUGUCGGAAGCUCCAGGCAGAAAAGUAGAAAGCACAUCCGUAUUCAAGGGCUACUGAACUGGCUGUCCCGUUUUGCUGAUCCUACUGAGGCAAUAGAAAAUGUACUGAAUUAUGUAAAAAACCACGAGAAGGAGGAAACAAGACAGCUUCUUUCCUCCUUUAUGGAAGAGUAUGAACCAUCCAGUGUCAAUCUCCAAGACUUUUUUCAGAAUGGAGUUUAUGAACCUGAGGAGGCAAAGAACUUAGAAUUACCUCAGUGGGUUCUUGCUGGUUUAGCUAAAGGCCUUCUAGCACCAUUUGUUAGUGAUGCUCUGGUGUUAAGAAGAAGCAUUCUUCAUGUUCAGGUAGAGAAUAUGCAAAGGUGUAGUGCUCAUGCUACUGCUCUGCCAGUUCGGCAGGUUAUCUAUGGGUUACUGCUAAACACUUCACAGAGCUUACCUAAUACCUUCCUGAGGAAACAGCCCAUUUCAACUCCCGUUUUCCAAGAAUUUGACAGAAUCCAGAAAGCACUCAAGAAAUCAUUUCUCCAAGCAGCAGUAUUGUCUGGCAAUUUUUGUGGCAACCAGUAUUCCCUGGCUAUAUUAAAUAAGAUUUCUUUAGCAGACCGUAUUCAACUUUUGUUCAACACAUUAGGAGUGACAGCCAACAUCCUUGAACCAAUUCCUUGCCUCCUGCAGCUCCCUAUAGCUGUAACCUGUUACUGGAUAAGAUAUUCAGAACCCAGAGUGAAGUUACAGCACAUGAAGGCUUUGCUUCUUGGAGUAGUAUUUGGUGAAUUAGAGAAGAUAUUACAUAAUCCAGAUUCUGAAGUUUUACAUGCUGAGGUCAAUAAAAUUGUGCAUGAACAGUUCUGCAAAUGGAAAGAAAAGAAAUCGCAAAAGGCAUCACUGGAAUUAGAUACUGCUCACAUUUUUUGCCAGUGGCAGUGCUGCCUUCAAAUGGGAUUGUAUCUCAACCAGCUGCUUUGUAAUCCUCUCCCCGAGCCUGAGCUUUCAUGGCUUUAUUGUGGUACCCUGGUGCACAGAUUGUACCAUGAACUUAAAUCAGCAUCUACACCAGAGGAUCUGCUCAGUGCAUCUCCAAAGCUGUACCAGCUUUAUUGCAGAAUGGUACAUGUGGUGAAAGAUGCAGCACCAGCGGACUCCUUCCAGAAGAAGUCAAAAAAACAUAGGAAAAAGAGCAAGCAAACCUCUGAUCAUGUGAUGCAUGAAAAAGAAGGGACUCCAUUAGCAGCACUGCCUUCGAGCAGUAUUAACAACAGAUUUGCAACACUGAUGGUGGACAACUAAAAGCACACUAUAUUAGAAACAAGUUCUGAUAGUAAUGUAUUUCUGUUUGAACCUGCAAAGUUCUUUCUCAGUCUCAGAGGAAAUGUAAGGAAGCCUCCAAUACUGUUAUGCUUAAUUGGUUGUUCUUACUGGCACUUGAUUUUUGGUAGCUUACAUACAUAAAACCCCUUCUUGCCUUCCAGCAGUACAAUUGUGGCAAGUAGCCUCAGAGUAGAAAGUUAUUUAUUACUAUCCUGUCUUUCUCCCACAGUCCUAUGGCCAAUACACAAAUCCCUAUAAAAACAGUAGGCUAAAGCAGUGGUUCUUAACCUUGGGUUACUCAGGUGUUUCUGGACUGCAACUCCCAGAAGC